GCUGUUUGUUGUGCCUGUCUGGAGCAGCAAGUCAUCAUCAUCCCUUGUCCUUAUUCCUCCUCGCCGCCAUCCACUCAUCUUCGCUCAUCUUCUUUAACAUCCUUAUCCUCGUCAUCUACUCUUGUAAAAAUUCGUCAUACUACAAGUCACUUGUAGCAUUAGGACUCUCCAGGAUUUCAACCAAUUGAUACAUCGUCAUUGGCAAUGGACGUAGUGAACUUUACGUCCGCAGCUCGCAUUCGCGUGCUGCUGGUACCUGUCGGACCUAUCAAGAAGGCUACGUUCGAAAAUCGCGUCAAGAUGCUCCGACAGCACAAUUCGGUCAAACUUGAGGAGGUUUGGAUGGGUCCACGUACAGAGAACUCAUUUUUCAGUCAGAAUGUCCCACAUGAAGGCCAGCUUUACUUCAACUUUACGACCUCAUACAGUGCGGAGCAUCAGUACCUAGAAGAGUUUCAGAUGCAUCGUCGCGUGUUUGGAGUAAUAGGAAUCAUGGAUUGUCAAGAAUGGCCUGACGGGAAUAUGGCCGCGGGUCAUCAGCGGUUUCAACAGAUCCUAUCCAAAUAUCCCUCAGCAAUUGCGAAUCAGUGUUUUGCCUUUGAUCCAUCAGAACAGCAUCCGGAUGAUCUGCGGGGAGGCGGAGUCAUCAUGAUCCCUAACGUGGGCAACACUUCUUCCUACCUUCGUGUCUUAAUCUGCGAUCUCGCAAGGACUAUUUUAACUGAGUUCGAAAACAUUGCUUCAGCGAUUGGGAAACGGCAGGAUAUUGAAUCGCCUAAUCCUGCCGUUUCUGUGUAUGCGAGGCAUGGACCCAUGCCUUUGACUGCUAGUGUCACAUCCAUGCCCGAUAUGUCUACUCUGACAGCCCCGCCAUCUGCAAUGACCACUUCAGGAUCGUCGACCCAUUCGCGUGCACUUUCUUCUGCAGGAUUUACGUCUAUAGCCUCUGGGAAUCAAUAUGUGCAAUCAGCAGUAAUGACAGAUCAGAGACUUCGGAAGAGAACUGCAGCAAGGGCUCAGAAACUAUAUGGAGACCUAUACCUGAUGGCAGGGCGAAUAUCGGAUGCAGUAUCUAGCUACCAAUCAGUGAUUGAGGCAACAAAAUCUAAUUCAGAUUUUCUAUGGCAAGCAAAUGCGAUGGAAGGGUUGUAUUGUGCGGUUGUCCUUCUAGCCUUCGUUCAGGCUGAUCUCGCUCAAUUUCAUCAACAACAAGUCGCACAGACUAUCAUUUCGCCGACUUCACCAACGAGCAACGAACAUGCCAAGAUACAAAACACGCCUGUCAUAAAACCUUUGAUUGUCGACAUUCCUGAAAAGUACCAGGCAAUAUUAACGCUCUAUAAUAAAGUUCCAGGUAAUGCCACACCACCCAUCCUCUGCGUCGAAGCAAGCAUGAAGGUCACUAAAUUCAUUGCCACGUGCUUUGUGUGUGGAAAUGGUAUUUUGGAUGACCGUGCCCUUGCAGCGGUAGUGAGCGGCAACAUCUUAAUGUAUUCUGAGGGACAUGGCUCUGAUGGCCAGCAGCAACAACAGCCUAUGACUCAGUCCCCCUCCGGCAAUCAUUCUCAAACCGCUUCUACGGCGUCAGGAUUACUACGAAGAGCAUCAACGCUGCGGUCACGGAGCGCGAGCAUGACAACAUCAAGUCUCGGUAUCACCCGGACAGAUAUUAUGAACUGGAUUGCUAAGACUUGGACAGGUCGAUUGGAAGAACUAUGGAUUGUUGACCAAAUUCAUUUUACGCUAUCCAUUGCCUCCGUUUUGGGUGCCAUUCAGUUCCGGAGGAAACAGGCACUCUACCUAAGAUACGCUGUGCGUAUGAUCACUCCUUUACUGCACCAAACAAGACUUGCUCACGCGUCAGCGGCCCAAGCCAGUGGAAAUCCUCUUAAAAAGCCUAUGAAUAUGGACCAUGGAGUACUUGGCUGCUUAACCGAGAUAUGCAACGUUUUCGGAGUGGGUGAAAACUUCACAUCCAGCAACAAUCUUUAUAUGGACCAUGGAUGGCCGGAAUUACAGAUUGAUGUCCUCUAUGAAUGUAUCCGUGUUGCAGAGGCUGUCCCUGACUACAAGGCCAUGAUGAAGUUUUCAACCACUCUUUUACGACAGUUACAUGCCUAUUUGACCAGAGAGGAGCAGGCUGGCCUCUAUGCCUCAUUGCCUCGCAUUCUCGCUGCAGCCAGGAAGACAGGAUCGUCUGAUUUAACUGAAACUCAUUAUUGGACCAAAAUCCUCGUAGUCGAUAUCGAAGUUUGCUCACCUUCUGCCCGCAAGAUUCCAUUUACCAGAUCCAAGGAUACGCUUAAAUCUAUCUUGCCAGAGUCCAAGCUCACAACCAAGUCCACAGGCGAGAUUGACCCAUUCAUAUACAACCCCUUCCAUCGCAAGGUCAAUAAUAUUACUAAGUUAGACUUAGUAGCAGAAGAGACUGCAUAUUUUAUUGUUACUCUCACAAAUCCACAUGGAAUUGAUUUGGAAGUUCAGGAGAUUAGGCUGUCAACUUCAGAUAUCGAGUUUGAGCCGAUCCCAACAUCGACUAUGAUCCCAGCUCAGACCACAGUUUCCAUCAAAGUGGGUGGUGUGCCCAAGCACCCAGGCGAGCUGGUGAUCCGUGGUUGUUGGGUCCAGAUUGCGCAUUGUGCAGAACAUGAGUUUUUUGUCAUUAAUCCGAGGACCGGACAACCCACCAGUACUGAUACCAGCAGCAAAAACGGUAGCGACAAUAGCAAUAAGAAUGGAACAGCAAGUAAUAGUAGCGAACCUUUGGUUCGAUUCAAAAAGAGAGGAUUGGAGAGCUUUACAUUAGUCAAGCCAGUGAACGAUGAUGUAGUCACUGAGCCAAGGUUUACCACAGUUACCGUUAUCCCUAAACAGCCAUUGUUAAAAAUCAACUCGACUUCGUUGCAGCAUGGCUCGGUCAUGCUAUUUGAAGGUGAAAAAACCACGGUCCGUCUGACUUUGGAAAAUAUCGGAUCAAUUCCUGUGGACUUUGUGACAUUGACGUUUUCUGAUUCAACCAGUCAGCUAGCUCUUGGUAACCACUACGGCAACACAACGAACAAUGGGGUUGAGCUGUCAUCUGAAGAUGCAUAUGAAAUGGAGCUGUUCCUGAAAAAGACAAAUGUUUUCUCUUGGAAUCGCGAAGUGGAGUGCCAUAUUCCUGUUGGAGGCACACAUGAGAUUAUGGUCGACGUACUUGGAAAACGCGGAUGUUCAUCUGGAAUGAUCCAGAUCGACUAUGCAUACCUUAAUAGAGAGGAUGACGAAGGAGCUGAGCCAUCCACCUAUUUUGUAACACGUCAGCUCUUCUCACAAGUAUUAAUGACAGUUUAUAAGACAGUCGAAUCACUCAAUUUGGACAUCCUCUACUUGCAGUCUCAUGGUGGAAUGGAUAUUCCUGCAACAGAGCCCAAUACUCCGGUUCUGGAUGACUUUAGUGCCAAUAGCCAUGCUACAUUCUCGAAAGCUAAUAGAGACUCAGCACUUCCUAAACUCGACUUCUCCAAUGACGGGUUUUUAGCUCCACCAAGUAAUAGUAAUGAUGGUGAUGGAACCAAGACAGGCUUGUCUCCUCAAUCCAACGACAAUAAACAACCGAAUGGAUAUAGAAAUGGCCGCCGUGGUUCGCGCACGAUUAGUAAACGACUCAGCUCUAACUUCGCCAAGAUCGAUAAAGGACAGUCUGUAGAGCAAUUGCUUUCCAAGGCCCGUGGAGAUGCAAUCUUGCCAGGAGAACAAAUUGAGGCCGCAAUUUCACGCCGUGUAGCUUUAGGCACCAAGAAUGAAUACUGUCUACUGACACUAGAUGUCCGGAACGUGUGGACUGUUCCUGUGGAGGUAGCCAUGCUAGUAGAUGAUUCUGAGGAUGGCGAAGGCUUGGAUGUCAACAAGUUGAUUAAAUCUACAACUGUGAUUCAACCAGGCAAUACUCAGCGGAUCAUACUUCCUGUCAGAAGAAUGGCCCUAUCAACGGAACAGCUUUCGACACCCAUUCCUACAUUAUCAAAUAAACAGUUUGUGGUGGCUAGGGGAGCGGCCGCAUUGUCUGCAGAGCAGUUGGCGAUGGAGAGAGCACUCUUUUGGUUCAGAGAAGAGCUUCUCAAGCGUGUGGUUGCAAGAUGGACCUGCAAGGAUACCUCCGGCCGAUAUGGCAAGUUCGACCUUCGAAACUUGCGAUUAAACAAAUCAAUGUUGAACGUGCUUAAGAUUGAGGAUAUUUCUUUCUUGGUGGCUAUGGAACCUACGGCUGCUAUGCAAAGAAAGAGUGUAGACCAAGGGCUGACAAAAGGCUUGGAACAGAUUGGUUCGAAUCGAUGGAGAUGUCCUGUCGACCAAUUUGCACAGAUUCGAGUCACGGUCGUGAAUAGAUCCCAUAUAGAUGUAAAAUUAUGUCUGAGAAUGCAGCCUGUUCAGGUACAUGGCGACGGGACCAUGGACUAUGACAUGGGCACACGGAUGGUCUGGCAUGGAGUGCUGCAAGCACCGCUGGCGAAGAUGCAACCGGAUUCUACGACGAGUCAUGUCCUCCCUGUGUGCUUUUAUAGCCGUGGCGAGUUUAAGGUUCUGUAUCAUGCGGAAGAUGUGCACCGUCGAGUUGUCUACUACGACCAUGAACCAUUGGUGAUCGAAGCAUUUUAACUUUUUAUCGAAUAUCGGGAUCAAAGCCAGUGUAGAUUGUUUAAAAAUGAAAAUGCCCCACUUGCAAGCAUA